CACCACCAUACCAGUAGCAAUACACUCAGUCAGCGCUCAACUUGCGACCUGUGAACUUGUCAAUAUUACCACUCCCUCGCUGCACACAACCCGGGCACGAUCAUUACCUCGUGGGACACUUAACUCACACAAGUGUAUCCUUUAUGAAGUAACGACUGUGAGAGAAAGGACUUUCAUAAGAGGUGAGGAAGGAAGAUCUGGUGUCUGGUUGGUGGCGGAAGUGUGGCAGAAACACUACAGUAGGCGAUUGUUGUCAAGUCGACCCUGGUUACCAAGACUACACAUCGACACACAAAUCCACUCCCCCACUGUGAUGUUAUUGUCCUCCUGCUUAUAAUAACCCUGAGCAUUGUUACGAAGUGAAUUAAUGUCGGAGAUACAUAAGAAAAUAAAUGUCCGUCCAGUGAAUCAGUGAAGCUAUGACAAAUUUACAAAAUGUAACUGGUAUUAUGUGUUGGUUUCGUGAGACAAGGAAAGUGUGAUAUGAACAGAUGACUUGGGGACUAACUCCUCCUCACUGACAACUUAUCGACUUGAGAAAGAUGAGUGAGGUGAUAAGCGCGGCCCUGCACGUGUUCGUUAAGUAAUUAGCGUCAUCAUUCACAAGAACUCAGAAUGGGAACACGGGCCAGACUCCUUCAUCAAUAACAAACAUAACGUAAUGGUGUGUAGUGUGUGAUUGCGAGCCUCUACACUAUCACACUCAAGUUUCCGGCACUUGAGACACAGUUAAAGAAUCGACCAAAAACUGAAACGUUACGGUUGAAGGUGCGAGCUAACUGCAGCGUAGCUUGAAUAAUGCACGACGUAUCGAGCUGGGGUGAGCGUAGGUUGCAGUCCUUUUUGGCGAGGGAGGCAGCCGUUGACUUCACCACUACCACCACCUCCGCUAUCAGGCAACACUACCAUCACCACCAUUCUCGCCCAGACAACACCACGCUGCCCGCCACCACCUAAGACUGUGAGAUGGAGGUGCGACGUGCCACAGCUCCUGCUAAAUCCAGCGGUAGUGUGGCGACGGCGACCAAGAAGGGAGGUACGCGGGGUGAGGCCAACGGUGCGAGAGGAGUGCUCGCUGGAGGAAUUAAUGGCACCGGGGGGGUAGCUAGCAAUGACGGGGUGACUAUUAACGGAGGGAUACCUAGUAACGGAGGUACUAACAUUGAAAGAGUUGGGGAGUUGGCGAAGAGGAGGUUCGCGAACGACCCCGCCAUGAUGCGAGAGCUGAAGAGAUACCAGAACUUGAUGCUGCUCACCCUCCUUCCCGCCAUCACCAGCGAGGCAGACUACACUCUCAACCGCCCUCACGUAGACGACAACACUGACCACUCUGCUGUCCGUGGCCAACCUGAAGGUGCCGAAGACGUUGACAAAGACAAGGACCACAACGAACACCUUCCGCUGCCGGUGCCUACUGACGGGAUCGUGGGAGUGGCCCAGUACAGUGCCUCGAGACGAAACUCUCAACAGGCCAAGUCUGCUGGCAGUCACGGGAGCCGAAGAAACAAGUCCUUCCCCGCAGGUCCAGCGAGCGCCGGCACGCGCCUGCCUCUCGCCGUCUACAACCCCCUCGACACUUCCCCGCGACCCAAACCACGACGGAAAAGUCAUGAAGACGCUUCGCCUCAACGGAGACCUCGACGGAAAAACCAGGACGAAGAGAAUGGAAGAAGAAGGAAGAGCCAGGGAGACGACGGCCAGCAAGGGUGGAAGGAAGACGAGUUAACAGACGCCUUGGGAGGGUCUGGCAGCAGCGGGGCAGCAGGCGGCAGCGGCGGUGGGGAACUGGACCUGCUGACGCUGGCGGCGCUGUACCUGGAGAGCCGCCACCGAGUGUUCGGCCAGGAGUGGCAUCACCGCCCUGACAACAUCGCUAACAUCAGACCGACGACCCAGCUCGGAGGGACAGGGGUGGCUCGCCCUCGCCGCCUGACCCCGCUCUCGCCCACGGACACCUCGCCCACCAAGGACCAGACUGGAGGCGGCAAGGAACCCAGAACUUUCUCUGCCGUGAUUCCUACACCUGCUGGUCUACACCUUUCUGUCAACUACACCCACAAUCUCGACCUAGAAGAGUCGGCGUUCAUAGCCGAGCGUGCCAGAGCUCUCCGUCCACGCUUACGUCGCCUUAACUCAAUGGACGACCUCCUCCCCGGGACACCUAACGCUCUCUCCAGGGACCUGCAGAAGGCCACCUCAGCCCCCGACCUCUCCCAUAGUGGCCACGGCAAGAGGACCCUUGCUAACAUGCACUUGUCACCCACCUCAUCUGUAGAGAGCAUCUCGCCGCCCCUCGUCACUCCCGCCCGAGCCAACACACCCACCGAGGCUAAGCAGUCAGCUGCCCUCGUCCGCCCUCAGAUGGUGGGCGGCUCCCUGGCGACAUACUCCGCUGUCGACACCGCCAGGACGACCAAUAUAUCCUACAGCCGCAACAGUGACAGUUUCAUAGGACCCAUCAACACACGGCUUAGACAGUUGCCCGAGACCUCCCGUACUGCCCUCCCGCCCCCGAAGCCACCCUUCAGGCCAGCGAAGGUGCCGCCCGAUACAAGGAGAAAUGACCUGCCUCUCACGCCCCCGCCUACAGCCACCGUGGAGGGCCAUAGGAAGAGUGGCAGGGUGCAUCUACAGCCACUCACGAUAAGAAAAUUCUCCAAUUAAGCCUGGCUGCUUUUGAUGGUCUGUUGUCCUAAACAAUUGGAUACAACGACUCUUUUCAGUUAUGCUCUAAAGUGUUGUGGGUGAUGUUAACGAUCCUCCAUAACCUUAGAGGAGCUGCCUGAGGUAUUGGUGCAGUUUAGUGUUUGUCGUCAGUCUUGUGGUGGUGAGUGACGCUGGCUGGGUCAGUGUAACAAUCUUUAUCAUCAAAUAUUUGUGAUAUUAGUGAGAAGUGGUUGUUAGAUAAAGUGGCCUUAUUAAUUAAACAUUACCGACAGUAUACGCAAAAUGCUUGUUAGUAAUUUACUGUGAGUUUAUAAAUAAUUCAUAGAUUAUCCCUGAACCCUAUAAAAAGGACGCCGGGUUAACUAGUGUCUCUGUGUCUGUCAGUUUGGGAUCUACAAAUGACGCCAAGGCUUCACAUACAUGGAUUUCCUUACCAAACUAGAUAGAAAGGUCAGAGGUCAAGGUCAAAGUCACUAGAAACUUGGUAGCUAAGAGGGCAGAAAUACAUUGUAGUGUGAUCAAUGUUUACGUGUGUACAGGCGAGUGCAUCAAACAUCAGAAGACGUUUAAGAUGUUUGCCUCAGCUACUGUGUAUAGUCCUUUUAGGUGAAUAAUUCUUUUGACAAUAACAAAAUGAUUCAAGUCAGGUUGAGAGGUGAAGUCAAAGGUGAAGAUCAUGGUAGUGUUAUAUUUUGUCAGUGACGUGUGUGUGUGUGUGUGUGUGUGUGUGUGUGUGUGUGUGACUGUGUGUGUGUGUGUGAGACUGUGUGUG